UACAGGCAGUUGUCUUUGUAAUCAUAAAGUGAUUAGUGCUAUAUCCAAUGUUGCAUGGAGUGUGAUCUUGAAUGUGUAAUUGCACUUGAACGUAUCCUUCCUCCCAUGUCGGUUGACCAUGCCACUGACUGUGUCCAUAUGGGUUUGCAGAUGAAUCUACGGGGGUGUUGAGAAGAAAGGCUGAAAGUGAGUACAAGGGUUUUCGCUCAUUGUUGAUGCGAACAAGAAACCUACUAUCCAUUAUGCAACGACAUGAUGUUAUCGACAGGUACUCUGAGGAAAAAAGGUGGAUUAUGUAUUCUGUGGAGGCUGCAAAGAACGGUAAUUGCUGCACUUAAGGCCGGGAUGGCUGGAAAAGGGGACUUCAGAUGCGAAGCAGUUGAAGAAGGCAUUAAGAAUCAUGCUCGAAUUCCCCAAAAUGCAUAUCCGCAAAGACAAAGUCCAUUGAGGCAGGCAUGCACGAUGAACUUUAGAAUUCCUAGGGGUACAAAUUUCUUCCUUCAUCUUUAUUUUUUUCCUGGGCUCUAAUCUUUGAGUGAUACACCCUUACCCGGAAAUGUUCAGUUUAUGGUCGAAUCAUUUAGAUCACUCCUGUCUCGAGUUUGAAAUAUGCAUAUUUAGCCUAAUCCUUUGGGAACAAGGAAAACGAGAUCAAGGUAAAUACAAAACAAUUAUGUAAGUUAGAGUUCC